AUGGCCUCCUGCUGGGCCAUGCGGAUUCUGCUCUUGGCAGCCUGGAGCACUGGCUGGGGUGAGGCAUUCAGUUGUUACACAUGUGAGAAGCCCACGCCCAUUCAUUCGUGCAAGAAUAUCACUCAGUGCAGUCUGGUGGACACGGCCUGCAAGACCACACUGGAGAAAGUGGAGUCUGAAUAUCCCUUCAACCAGAGCCCCAUGGUGACCCGCUCCUGUUCAAGCUCCUGCCUGGCCACGGACCCCGAUGGCAUCGGGGAUGCCCACCCUGUCUUCUGUUGUUUCACAGACCGGUGCAACAAAGGGCAUCCAGGCAUGGCAACAGGGCUGUAG